CCAGGACGGUGGCCAGACCAGCCUGGCAUGGCAGAGAACAACAAUGUUGGUCAGCACACUGCUCCCCACACCCACACCAAGCUUCAUCUACUCUGUCACCGACUCUUACACGAUGCCAAGGAGACUGGCAUCGUCGUCGACCAUCUCAUGGAUGUGUACAUGGCUACCAGAUGUGGCAAGCUGAAAGUUAGUAAGGAAGAUUGUAGUAAAAUAGCGGCGAGUGCCAAAUCAUGCCGCUGGCGGAGAUGGGUAGUGGGUGCCAUCGCAGUGGUCGCACUGAGCUUCGUGUUAAAUUCUUAUUCUGAAGUGUUUAUCAAAUUAAAGAAUGAUUUUAUCUCUUCGAAAUGCAUCAUCCGGAACAACUACUUUGUAAUGGAAGCCACACGGCCGCGGACCAAGUGUGAACGAGUGUGUAGCGACAUGGGCGGCCCCAUUAUACUGAGUGCCAACAUCUCUCGGGAUGAGUUCGAAAGAUGGGCGUACCUCUCCCGCCCGUUGGUGGUCCGGGGCGCCGCCGCAUACUGGGCAGCUCUCGAGAGGUUCUCAGUGGUCUUCUUUCGCAGCGUGUACGACAGUAUCGAGGGUUCUUAUGACGCUGUGACUGACGACUGUCAGUUCCUGCCGUUUCGAACUGAGUUCGUGGACCUGCGGGCGGCCCUGGACAUGCACCCGGCCCGAGCCGCCAGGCUUCCUGGCACACCCCCAUGGUAUUUUGGCUGGAGUAACUGCUCUCCGGGUGUGAGUGCCAUCUUACGACAGCUUGCACCACGACCUGAAUUUCUUCCAUUACACUCGGAGUCUUCAGCUCUUGACUGGAUAUUCAUGGGCAGCGAGGGACCUGGUGCUGCUUGGCACCUGGACUAUGUACAAAGACCCUCAUGGCAAGCUCAGAUUAGUGGCACUAAGACUUGGUACUUCAGGCCAGUCCCAGAGUGUCAGCAGGUGUGCCACUCCUUCAAUGUUACUGUCAGUAAGGGAGAUAUAAUAUUUGUUGACACUAACCAGUGGUACCACAUGACCUACAUCCAUGAAGGUGAACUUUCUAUAACUAUCGGCUCAGAGUAUGACUAGACAACAGCUAAUGUUGCCUCAAGGCAUAACUAGUCAGGAACAGUAAUUCAAGUUUGACAUUUUUUCUAAAGUAUUAAAUGGCUUGACAGCUAUUGCAGAUUUGUAGAAAAGAAAUCACUGGCAUCCCAUAUUCUACAGUCUGUAACCAUGUUGUGUACACCAAAUACUUGUUCACUAUGUGUGCCAAAGGAGAGACCAUAAUAUGGAAACAUGGCAUUUAGCAUAAUAUAGUAAGCCCAAACACAGAAUGACAUAGGUCCUCCCCUCCCCAAAAAACAAUUAUGAUAUUUUCAUAUGAUUAUUAACCUGUAUCUGAGAAUUUCUUAGUUUUCCCCAAUUGUACUCAAGAUGUAUAUUACAGUACAAAACCACUCAAUGAAGCAGACAGAUCAGGUGCAUUAAAGUAUGUUUCAGUACAUACUGCACACUAGUUGAUCAUAAAGAAUAUUCACUUAGUCAUCCUACAAUAAUAUUUUGGUAGAGCAUUGCAAUUCCUGAUACAGUACUAUAAUAUCUUAAACUUGUAUGUGUCCACUACAUACACAGUUAUACUUUUCUUUACCACAUUAGCCAUUUCCACUGAAGUAUGGUGACCUUAAGAAUGAAAUAUAUCAAUUAUUUCUUCAUAACUGUUUAUUACAUGAUGGUAGGAUUGCUGGUGUCUUUUUUUUCUGUCUCAUAAAGAUGCAAGAUGAAGGUAGUAGGUUGGUAGACAGCAACCUCCCAGGGAGGUACUACCGUCCUGCCAAGUGAGUGUAAAAUGGAAUCCUGUAAUUGUUUUACAUGAUGGUAGGAUUGCUGGUGUCAUUUUUCUGUCUCUUAAACAUAUAAAGAUUUCAGGUACGUCUUGCUACUUCUACCUACACUUAGGUCACACCACACAUACAUGUACAAGCAUAUAUAUACACACCCCUCUGGGUUUUCUUCUAUUUUCUUUCUAGUUCUUGUUCUUGUUUAUUUCCUCUAAUCUCCAUGGGGAAGCGGAACAGAAUUCUUCCUCCAUAAGCCAUGCGUGUUGUAAGAGGCGACUAAAAUGCCGGGAGCAAGGGCCGAGUAACCCCUUCUGUAUAAAUUACUAAAUUUAAAAAGAGAAACUUUCGUUUUUCUUUUUGGGCCACCCUGCCUUGGUGGGAUACGGCGGGUUUGUUGGGGAAAAAAAAAAAAAAGGUGCAAGAUUUCAGGUAUGUCUUGCUACUUCUACUUACACUUAAGUCACACUACACAUGCAUGUACAACCAUAUAUAUACACACCCCUCUGGGUUUUCUUCUAUUUUCUUAUUAGUUCUUGUUCUUGUUCAUUUCCUCUAAUCUCCAUGGAGAAGUGGAACAGAAUUCUUCCUCAGUAAGCCAUGCGUGUCAUAUGAGGCGACUGAAAUGCUGGGAGCAAAGGGCUAGCAACCCCAUCUUCUGUAUACAUUACUUAACUCAAAAAGAGAAACUUUCGUUUUUCUUUUUUGGGCCACCCUGCUUCGGUGGGAUACAGUAGUUUGUUUUUGUUGAAAGAAGAAGAAUAGUUUAUUACAAACAGGAAGUUUGUGGUUUAACAUUUAACUGUGUCUACAUCCAGUGAGCUAUUUAUGAUGAGGAUUAUUUUUUUUUUGUAAAGUACUUUUAAAGUUUUGACUAAUCCUGUUGUAGACAAAAUUUAGAACCCAUUAAUGUCAGUAUGCAGAGGAUAAGAGAGAGAAUUAAUUAGAGGGUAGUGAAAGUCUCUCUCUUGCUUUAAUAUUUCUGCAUCAGCCAUCUGAUAAUAGUGGCUACCCAGUAGUCCUCCAUUGAGAUAGUAAUAGAAAGCUUUCCCCCCCACCCCUUUUUUUUUUUUUUUUGCAGAUAUCCUCGAUGUACUUAAGAUUUUUUAUAGUCUUCCAUUCCAUGUACAGAAAACAGCUACUACUUUUUGAAACAUGAAUAAAAAUUUACUUUACCAGUACACUGUUAAAUUCUCUCCAAGUUGGAUGUACAGAUUGGGUAUGAAGAAUAUGUGCAGAACAAGCUUUGAUUUGGACAAUAUUGUGCUCAUGGUACAUGUAUGCAUGUGAGAUAUAUACACUGUACUAGACCAUUAUUGGAGGGGAGAUUUUUUGCCCAUCAGAGGCUUUAACCCUUAAACGGUCCAAACAGAUCAACGUUCAAAUUCGUAGUGCUACAAAAGUAGAUCUACUUUUUUUUACAUAUUUUCAAAUAUAACAAAAAAAUAAUGUAGAUAAAAGUUUUUUUACAGGUUUUCAAAUGUAAAACAAAAAAGAAGAUCUACAUUUUUUUACAUACUUUCAGAUGUUGAAAAAACGUAUAUAUACGUUUGGACCGUUUAAGGGUUAAAUUAGGGCAUUUAUUGUGGGGAACAUUUUAUCCAUCAGUCUCUUAAAAUUAGGACCUCUGUUGUGUGGACUCGCUUUUUUUUUUCCCCCUCACCAGGGGCUGUAGAUUAGGGCACGUGUUGUGGAGCGUUUUGUACAACAGGGAACAAAACAUCUCAAUAAAUGUUCUAAUACCACGUCUUGCUUACAUACUUGUCGCUGCUUAUCACAAUUUGUAAGCUUAGAAUAGGGCGUUAUGAAUUUAUGAUUUGACAAAGCUCUAUAUCCUGAGCAAAUCAGUGUCACAAUAUAAGCUUGUUUUGCACAAGUCUUUAUACCUGUCUCCCCAAGUAGUUUAUCACAACUCUUAAGAGAAAAGUGCCAGAUAAGCCUAGUUGUGAUUUCUAUUUAAGUAGUAAAUGGCCAGGUUGACCAGAUAGUUAAUAAAAUAAUCUAGCCUCAGGCCAGGCUGGGAAAGUUGAUUUCUUGAAACAGGUCACAGGUAUGUCACAAGCCUUCAUGAAUUAUGUGGGAAAAGCAUUUUUACUUAUUCUUUUUAUUUUCAAGCAAAUGUAGUAAUACUGUUGUAUUUUUUACUGUAGUAAUAUUUAUUCAUUGUUUUUAUUCACAUUAAUGUGAAACAUAAACUGAACAUUUAGGUGAGGUUUCUAUUACAAUUAUGUACUGUACAAAAACUUACUUAAGUAAUAUUUUAAAAAUAACAUAAGAGUAAUAUUUUUAAAUUUUUGCGAUAAGGAAUACUAAUACAAAUUGGAAAAGAUAAUCUAGUCAUUCAGGUCAGUGUUAUAACUAGUAUUUAGAUGUUUAAUAGUAAUAGAGUGCAACAUAAGUACGUAUAUUUAUUGUACAGCAGUAUUAAUAUAAGCAGAAUGUGGAGUGUCCAGUGACUUACUGACCAUGGUAUAUUUUAAGCUGGCUUCUCAUGUAGGUAAAUGUGUUUCAUUCACUGUGCAAUCAAAGAAUGGUAUCCCUGUACUCCAUUAACCCAACCUCCUCCUACCUCAGUACACAUCAGAGGACUUGUACAGUGUGUGGCAUCUUCAAUUCUGAUAUGCAGUUACAUAUUAGAUUUGAAGCCAGUCAGAAAAGGUAUUCACAGAUUAAUGCAUGGACAGUCCAGACUUCUUACACUAGCUAAAAUUAGUAUGAUUUCUUUCUAUAAGUAAUAUACACCAACUUUGAAAGUUUAAAGCCAAUCAGAAGAAGCAUUCUCAAAUCAUUGCACAAAGACCAAUAUUCCAAAAUACACAUACAUCAGCACUUUAGGUCUGAAGCUGCACUCUCAUGUUAUUACAUUUGAAGGACUGAAGUUGAUCAAAUGGGGGAAUUGGGUGCAGUCAGGUUCAGUCCAACAAAAGAGAAGACAGGUACAAUUCUUGGAUCAAGAGUUCCCUCAGUGACAUCAAGAAACCUUCCUUGAUGGGCAAAAGUUAUAGAGGAAGGAAAGAAAUUUGUGCCUGAGUAUAAUAUGUGAAUGAUACAAUAAAACCAUACAAAAAUAUAAGCAAGUCUCACUAAACUCGUGAAAUUUAAAAUGCCAUAAAAAUUUAAGGCUUUUACAUUUUUAAGUUAUUUUUCCACAGUUAUAUUCUACAGUAUUUGAAACACUACAGUCUUCUAGGAAUAUAUGAUUUUUAAGAAACUGAAAUUUGCAUACCACCUAUGAGAUGAAAGGUUGAGAAAUUUUGCAUAUUGUUACCUACAUAGACCAACAAUACUCCAAAGUAAGAUGCAUCAGUCUUGAAGUUGCGAAGCUAGUCAGAUGAGGCAUACACAAAUUAUCACAUGAAAACCAAUAUUCUGACUUGCAAUUUCUUCAAUAAAAGGGGCAUUCUCCAUUUCUUGCACAGAAAGCAAUUUGUUUAAUAAAAUUAGUAAAUAAUAGCUUAACCCUUUCAGGGUCCAAGGCCCAAAUCUGGAGUCAUGCACCAGUGUCCAAGAAUUUUCAAAAAAAAAAAAUUGUUAUUUUUUCUUAUGAAAUCGUAGAGAAUCUUUUUGUGAAGGUAAUAAAACAAAAAGUACGAAAUUUGGUGGAAAAUUGACGAAAUUAUGCUCUCGCGAAUUUUGAUGUGUCAGCGAUAUUUACGAAUCGGCGAUUUUGCCGACUUUGACUCCCAUUUUAGGCCAAUUACAUUAUUCCAAUCAACCAAAUUCUUAGCUAUUUCAAUAGUAUUACUUCUAUUCUAUCGAUUGAGCACAAGAAAUCGCCAAGUCAACUGUUUCAACUACAAAAUAAAGUGAUCGGAAAUUGUUAAUUUGGCCAAUUUAACACAAAGUUCAAAAUAUUCCAAUUUCAAAAUAGGGUCCAGAAUGAACAAUGUAGGCAUUCCUGGCACUAAACUAACAUUUCCUCUGUUCAUUAGUUAUGUUUUGAGGCUUUACAAAUAAAUUCCAUUUUGAUUUUUUAUUCACAUAAUGAAUUUUUAUUCACACCAAAAAAUAGAAGAUUUACUGUUAUGCAAUAUUGUAAUAAUUGUAUAAAUAUCAUCACCAUAUUUGUGAAUGUAUAUUAGACCCACCAGCUGGUGUGUAUUAGACGUGUGAGGUCGUUUGUUUACUCUUGAAUAUCGGCAAAAAUUUAACAUUUUUGCUACUUUGAGCUCAGUUUCAAGCCAUUUCCAGUGCUAAAACCAAUCAAAAUCAUCUCUAUUUCUGUAAUAUGUCUUCCAUUCUAUCAAAUGAGACCAAGAAAUCGCAAAUACAACUAUAAAAAACAUACGAAAAAACACUGCAAAGUUGCUGUUUUAAUCGAAAAAUCAUGAUUUCAUUUUUUUUCUCUCAUUAUACACAGUGUGCUGCAGGAUCUGUUUUAUGUGGUGCACACAUACCACAUAGAUGUAUUCUCUCAUAUCUAGGCCCAAAUGUACCACUCACAGUUUAUCAGAGUGAGCUGAGCUCAUGGCGUAGAUCUACGGUUUGGACCCUGAACGUAAAGCCGUAGAUCUACGGGACGGACCCUGAAAGGGUUAAACACCCAAAAAUCAAUGUAAACCUUCCUUUGAGUCAAUUUGAUCAAAGGCAUUCUCCAGUUAUUGAUUGGAAUUUAACAUUUUCAAAUUUAUUAAAUGUCAGUAAACUGGCAAAUUUAAAUCUACACAACUUAAACUUACAGGAUACUAUCCUGUUCAUAAGAUACAUCAGCCAAUACAGAAUCUGUUCAGAAGAGUCAUACUCUUAGUUAUUUAACCCUUGUGGUUUAGCACUUCUUUUUGAUAAUAAUAAUAAUAACAAUAAUCUUAGUUAUUUAACACGUAAACGGUCCAAGCAGAUGUAUGUUCACAUGUGUAGUGCUACAAAAGUAGAUCUACGUUUUUUUACAUAUUUUCAAAUGUAACAAAAACAAAAAAGUAGAUCAAAGUUUUUUUUACACAUUUUCAAAUGUAAAAAAAAAACAAAAAGAAGAUCUACUUUUUUUUUACAUACUUUCAAAUGUUGAAAAAACGUAUGUAUAUGUUUGGACUGUUUACGGGUUAAAAAGAAAUGGCAAAUUGGUACCUACACACUCCAAUAAGAAUCCCAAUCACUUUCUAAGUAGCAUACACCAUUGUUUAAAGCUUGAAGUUGAUCAUAAGAGCAUUCUCAAGUUACCAAGAUCAGGAAUAUAUAAUUGACCAAUGGGCACCUGCAUAUGCCAGUAGUUAGAUGAACUGAACAUUUUCUUGUUUACAGUAAAUCACCUUUUACUGUUUUGAAGAAAGUUAGCCCUUGUGGCUUAGCGCUUCUUUUUGAUUAUAAUAAUAAUAAUAAUAAUUGAAGAAAGUUGAAUGAGGUAUUUUCAUUGAAGAUCUUAGGUUAAAGUAAUCUCUGGCUGGUACAGUAUUAUCAUAUUUUAAAACUUUCUCUUGCAAAAACAGCCUGUUCAAUUUUCCUCAUGACUUGCAAUUGUUAGAAUACUUGGCAUAUCACUGCACCAAAGUUUUACUCUGCUGUUUGAAAAAGGAGAUGGAAGAAAACUUUAAAUACUAUCAACAGAUGUGUUCUCUGUGUUUUUUAAUUCGGCUCUGUAUGACCCUUAUGGGUUUAGUGCUUAGUCAUAAUAAUACAUUUUUAAUUCACAUGUCUUCAUCAGUCAUCAUAACCUAUGGCUAUAUAUAUAUAUAUAUAUAUAUAAAACUAAGGUGUAUCUAAUGAGCAUAAUCACAAGGAUCUGGAGUGGCUUGCCCGGCUUCAGUCAAUAAUACAGUGGAACCUUGGUUUUUGAACUUAAUUCAUUCCAGAUGAUGUCAGUUCGACAACCAAACCAAUUUUUCUCACAAAGAAUAAUGUAAAUAGAAUUAAUCCGUUCUAAUCUAAAAAUGACAAUAUAAUAAUUUAUUAAUAAUAAUGUACGUAUUAAUACUACGUAAAACGAUUCAUAAAAUAUACAGUUUCCAUGUGCUGUAUAAAGUGAAUUCUAAAUGAAAAUUUACAUACGGUAAAGUAAAUGAAAAUUUAACUGUUUCUUACCUGUCAGAGGAGAGGUAAUGAUAAAAUUCUGGCGGCUUCAAAUCUUGUGGGAGAAAGCUGGUAAGCCUACGUGUGAGAGAAUGGGUCUGCAUGGUCAGUGUGCCCAGUAUAAAAAGAAAAUCCUGCAGAAUGCAGUGCAUAACGAGAAAAAAAAAGACCACGUUUUUGGUUUAAAACAGUGACUUUGCGGUGUAUUUUCAUGUGGUAUUUAUGGUCCUAUUCUCGUUUUCUUGGUUCAUUUGAUAGAAUGGAAGAUAUAUUACAGAAAUAGAGAUGCUUUUCAAUGGUUUAAGCCUAAAAGUAGCUUAACCCUUUGAGGGUCCCCAGGCCCUCUCCCAGACUUGUUCUCAGGGUCACCCAAAUUUAAAAAAAAAAAAAAAAUUCUUAUGAAAAGAUAGAGAAUCUUUUCCUGAUCAUAAUGACACCAAAAGUAUGAAAUUUGAUGGAAAACUUACGGAAUUACGCUCUCGCGAAGUUAGCGGUCUUGACGAUGUUUACGCAUCGGCGAUUUUUGCCCACUUUGAGCCCUAUUUUCGGCCAAUUCCAGUGUACUAGUCGACAAAGAUCAUGACUAUUUUGCUAGAACUCCAUUUUUUUCUAUCGAAUGAGUACAAGAAACCACCCAUUUACCAAUUUCAACUAUCCAAUACAGUGGUCAGAAUUUAGCAAUUUUGCCAAUUUCACACAAAUUUCAAAAGAUGCUAAUUUCCAAAUAGGGUCCAGAAUAAACAAUAAAGACAUUCCUGGCACUAAAAUAACAUUUCCUCUGUUCAUUAGUCACGUCCCCAUGCCCCUCUUACAUUCUUUUGCUUUCCACUUUGAAUUUUUAUUCUCACAAAAAAUAGAUGAUUUACUGUUAUGCAGACUACUGCAUUAGUGUAGAAAUGGUAUAAAUAAUAUCGGCGCACUUGUGAAAGAAUAUUAGACUCACCAGUUGACGUGUAUUGGACGCUUAGCAUGAUUUGUUUACUUUUGAACAUUUCUGCUACUUUGAGCUCAAUUUCAAGGUACUUUUCAUUGUAAAACCAGUCAAAAUCAUCUCAAUUUCUGUAAUAUGUCUUCCAUUCUAUAAAAUGAGACCAGGAAAACUAGAAUACAACAAUAAAUACCAUACGAAUAUACAGUGCAAAGUCGCUGUUUUAAUCCAAAAACACGGUCUAAAUUUUUUUUCCUCAUUACGCACUGUGUGCUGCAGGAUUUGUUUUAUACUGCACACACUGACCACAUAGACCCAUUCUUUCAUAUGUAGACCUACCAGCUUUCUCUCAUUAGAUUUGAGGGCGCUAGAAUUUAGGCGUACUAGUACGUCAAAAACCCUGGUGUGUAACCCAUACUAGUAUGUCCGAAACCCUGAAAGGGUUAAAAUUGAGUUCAAAGUAGCGGAGAUGUUCGAUUAUUGCUGAUGUUCAAGAGUAAACAAAUCAUGUCAUGCGUCCAAUACACAUUAACUGGUGGGUCUAAUAUGCAUUUAUGAAUGCACUGAUAUUAUUUAUACAAUUAUUACAAUUAUGCAGUAGUUUGAAUAACAGUAAAUUUUGUGUGUGUGUGUGUGUGAGAAUAAAAAUACAUGAAGAGCAAGCUUAACAUAAGGGGCCUGGAGACAUGAAUAAUGAAUAGAUAAAAUGUUAUUUUAGUGCCAAGAAUAUCUGCAUUGUUUAUGCUGGACCCUAUUUUGAAAUUGGCCUUUCUUGAAUUUUGUGUGAUAUUGGCCAAAUCAGUAAUUUCAGAUAAUUUUAGUGGGUAGUUGAAGUAGGUAAAUGGGUAGUUUCUUUUACUCAGUCUAAUAGAAUAAAAGGAGCUCUAGUGAAACAGCUGUGAGUUUAGUUGACUGGAACAAUGGAACUGGCACAAAAAUAGGGCUCAAAGUGGGCAAAAUCAUCAAUACGUAAAUGUCGCCGUUUCCACUAGCUUCGCGAUAACCUAGUUAGCAGUUUCGUUACCUUCGCAAGAUGCUCAGCAGCUCAAGAGAUGUUUACAGCAUGUGCAUUAGUUACUAUACUGACAA